AUGGCCGAGCCCCCUUCGUCGCCUCCUAGUGAGGCAACCACGGCUGAGGAUGCCCUCUCCUGGUACAAAUCGCAGUACGAGAUGCUGGAGUCGGAGCUGGCAGAGUUUCGGGAGUCAAGUCGCGAACUCGAGCAGGAGCUGGAGAAGGAUAUUGAGCGGGCGGAGAAACAGGAGCGAGCUCUCCAGGAGAAGGUUGAAACACUGGGAUUUGAAGUAGAAGAAUGGAAGAGGAAAUACAAGGAAUCCAAGACGGAGGCUAGUGCCGCGCAAAACUCUCUCGAAAAGGAGAUCACCACACUUCGAGAUUCAAACCGAUCGCUGCAGCUGAAGCUGAGAGAUGUCGAGGUGGCCAACGAUGAUUUCGAGCGCCAGGCUCGCAACACCACAUCGUCUUUGGAAGACAUGGAGUCUAAGUACAACCAAGCCAUUGAGCGAGGGGUCAUGAUGGAGGAAGAGAUCAAGUCUGGCGAACAGGAACGAGAACAGCUGCGAAUCGAUUCGCAGCGACUGAGGGAAGAGCUCGCUGAGCUCAAGAUUGAGGCAGAGCUGAUGCAAGACAAGAUCAAGAAGCAAGAGUCGCGGCACCUGUCCACCAUCUCGACCGACCUCUCUGUCAUGGGAUCGCCCACCUUCGACAAAAAUAUUGAGGCUUCCCCCAACUCGACUGCCAGUUCACCACUUAUCACUACACCACCCGAAACCAAAUCCCUCGCCAGCGACUCGCUUUCUGAGGUACACGAUCCGCCUUCACCUCCCAUGUCUGAUGCGUCUGCACCCAUGGCCAGCGCAACCCCGGCUAGCAAGCUUGGCGGUACUAUUCCUCGCAAAUCGCGGUUGCCAUCUCUGGACCACAGUGCUACACCCAAGCCACGUGUGAAGUCUGCGGCAGCGCGGCAAGGUAGUCGCAUCUCGGGGGGUGCCUCAAGUUUGCGAACGCCGGCUCCAAGGUCCACGACAAACUCCAGCCUGUCGAGGCAUAAGAUUCCUGCAUCCAAUUCACUCACGCAUAUUCGAACACUUACAGCUCAGAUGCAGCGUCUUGAAGCUCGAGUACAAUCGGCCAGAUCCAAGUUGCCAGCGCCGACACACACACCACCACGUGCAUCCCCUAGGUCGAUGGCCAAUGGUCCCAGCGUUCCGUCAACGGUUACUAUCCGGUCUCGGAAGCGAACUACAGGCUCAUCGGCUUCUUCUCUUGCGGGAGACGAGACUACACCAACAAACUUUCGGUCAUCGACGUCAUCACGGCCUAGCCACGUGCCACGACUUAGUACGUCGGGAGUGAGCAGGUUGUCAUUUGGACCUCUACCUAACCGGGCGCCGGAAUCCGAUGCCAGCCACAGCCGUCCCAGCUCUCGUGCUAGCAUAUCCUCCUACGCCAGACCAUCAUCACGAACCGACAUGGUACCACCCCCGCGUCCCAUGUCUCGAUCAUCCAUAUCUGGAGCGAGAACGCCUCUUGGUCGCCCAAGAUCAUCUCUGAGUGGGUCAAUGCACGGACACUCUCAAAGUAUGAGCCGAAUAGAGAUGGAAGAAGACUACGAAGGCGAGUUCCGCACGCCCAGUCGGCGCGGCACGUACUCCAAGCUGGAGAUGGAGGGGGCUGUCAGUGGGAUCCCAGUCCCUGGCAGCGCCAUCCCUACGCCGGGCACCAGACGACAAAGCGGCAGCGGUCCCAGCGGUAGACGGACGAGCACAGGCAUUGGCACUGUACGACCUGGCACAUCUGGUGGAAGAAAACUGAGCGACCUGGGCGAGACGUACUAA